UAAUAAUGUAAGUUUUGCACUCCGGUCCAUUGCCCCGAAAAAAAUCUUCUCGUAUUAGGUUAUCUACGAUUAUCUUACGGUUAUCUAAUUUUCUAUUGACGCGUUUCGUCCACGUGGUUGAACCGAGGACCGAUAAACCCGGGUUGAUCCAACUAUUUAGCAACCGUUAGUGAAAGUAUCGUACAUUUAGGAUAUUGGCCAAAAGUGUGUAACAAAGUUGGCACAGAAUUUGGUAAAGACUCGCCUCGGGAGAUAUGUAGGCUACAAUGAGGUUAGCUUAACCGCUUCCCGAAACAUUCCUCGAUCGCUGGAUUUGAUGUCACGGGACGCCGUUCUCGUGUCACGCGAAUUUAUGAGGAUUUUUAAUCGUUACUUUAUACUCUUUAAUAGGAAUUGUCAAUCAAGUGGCAAUGUUGACAUCCAGAAGGCUGCUCAAAGCCGCCGCUAUUGGGACGAUAGGGUUGGGUACUCUGGCUUCUCUCAGGGUAAACGAGUAUGACGUCGGUGCCAUUGGCAUUGUAAGGCUAGGCCGUGCUGCGCUCACGGUAUUCGAAAUAGGCCGUCAUUACAAAAGGGAAUUGUAUGACACCAAGUUGGACAAGUCGUCGAUGGAGUAUUUGGAGGUGAAAUCGAACGUUCACAAGUAUGGGGCGCAGAAACUAUUGGAGCUCUGCUGCGCCAACAAGGGGGUGUACAUCAAGGUGGGACAGCAUGUAGGUGCAUUGGACUACCUGCUCCCUCAGGAGUAUGUACACACCAUGCGGGUGUUGCAUAGUUCCGCGCCUCAGUCCUCGUUCAAGGAUGUUCUGACUGUGAUCAAGGAGGACUUUAAGAAAGAUCCGUAUGAGAUAUUUCAGAGCAUCGAUCCGGAACCCCUGGGCACUGCCAGCCUCGCACAGGUGCACAGAGCUGUGCUGAGAAACGGCGAUGUAGUGGCUGUGAAGGUGCAGCAUCGCGCUGUCAAAAGCAACUCUUACGUCGACAUCAAAACCAUGUCGGCUUUGGUGAGCAUCACGUCAUUGGUGUUUCCGGAUUUUAAGUUUGACUGGUUAGUUAGUGAGACGAAAAGAAACGUCCCACAGGAGUUGGAUUUUGCCCUUGAAGGCAGGAACGCCGAAAAAGUACAGAGGAUUUUCAGCAACUACCAAUGGCUGAAAGUACCAAAGAUACACUGGGACGCGUCGUCGUCUCGCGUACUCACGAUGGAGUUCCUGGACGGCGGACAGGUGAACGAUCUGGAGUACAUGCGCGCCCAUCAGCUGAAUCCGUACGAGGUCAGCAGCAAGCUUGGUCGACUGUACAGCCAAAUGAUCUUCAUCGAGGGUUUUGUUCACUCGGAUCCGCAUCCUGGUAACAUCCUGGUGCGCAAUCGCGACUCCCGGGCGGAGAUUAUCUUACUGGAUCACGGUCUCUACGCUAAUCUGUCCGAUCAGUUUCGCUGGGACUACUCAAAACUGUGGCUGGCGAUCCUCGACGGCGAUCGGGUGGCUAUGAAGGAAUACUGCACGCGUCUCGGUGUCGCUGAUUACUACGGUCUUCUUUCAUGCAUGGUGUCGGGCAGAACAUGGGACACCAUCAUGUCGGGCGUACGUAAAACUCCUUAUAAUAUCCACGAGAAGGAUAUGUUUCAGCAGAACAUCCCGAACUUGCUGCCGCAAAUCAGCACCGUGUUGGAUCGCGUCAACCGGCAGAUGCUGCUGAUCCUCAAGACCAACGAUCUGAUGCGCGGUAUCGAGUACUCGCUGCGCACUCAGUUCAGAAUGUCGGCCAUGAUGGAGAUGUCCAAGUGUUGCGUGCGUUCCGUAUACAGCGAGAAGCUCAGGCAAUGCUCAAAUGUGUGGGAAAAAUGCUGGAUCUCGUUGGCGGAGCGCUGGGCGCUUCUCAAGUUGUCGUUCUAUUAUGUGUACCUAGGCUUGAUACACUUCGACCUGAACAACUCGGUCAAUUCUCUAUGGACGAAAGAUUUUUACCCGUUUUAAUGAAGGCUUUAGUUUAGACUAAAUGCGUUUUUAAUACGAUUAGAUAUGAAUUGUUGCUC